AUGGCUGAGGUUAUUGGCCUUGUGUCUGGUCUUCUUACCUUGGCCGCCUUUGCACAUCAAUCUGUCGUCAAGGUUCAAGAGGCCGUACAAAGUUUUCAACGUCUCCCACGCCAGCUCAGAGAACUCCUUUCAGAGUUAGCGGAGCUGAGUACGGUGCUCCAAGACCUCUCUCAGGCACCCGGCGGUGACAUUGAAGUGGACCUUUCAGCCCUCAAAACAACGCUAGAACAAUGCCGUCGUUCGUGUGACGAAUUUGCGCAGGAGUUGAAAGCCUACAGUUCGCCGUCCAGUCAAGAUCGAGUAAGGUUUCUGGAUUGGGCCAAGCUCACGUAUCGGGGUGGCAAUGGAAUUGAAGGCUUUAGGCAGCAGCUUAUUGGAUAUAAGUCCACCAUCGUCGUCGCUCUCAGCUUUGCGAACCUCCGCACGUCUACCAUUACUGUUGAAGGCAUACAAUCUUGCAGAGAAUUAAUCGAGACAACAACUAUUGAUUUAGAGGCGCAUCUUGCAGAUGUGAAGGAGAAACUUGAUACCCUCGCUUGCCGGACCAUUGCCAAUCCUGAGCUAGACGGAGCGACGAUUAAAUACAUAGAAGACGAGCGCAUCAGUACCGAAAAGGGCCUCCAGCUUUGCCUUCAGCUUUCCCAGCAUAUUGAUCAGAUUCAGCUUCAAUAUGCUGCAGGAGAAGAACACACGCCUAGCCUUCUGGAUCCGUACCCAACUUCGAAAAAGCUUGUCAGCGAAGGGCUCGGUGGCUGUAAGGACUACAUUACAUUUGCCCUAGAGCGACUAAGGAGGCAUCAGCAGAAAGUGUCUGAGCAAAUAGGUGUUGGCUCCUCAGGCGCCGUACCAACGGAUAAUAAACUGUUGCUUGAUAAUCUUAAUGACGAAGCCGAGGCCCUACGUCAUUCCCUGGACCUCUUCUCGAACAUCGACACCUACCUGGAGGAAAAAACCAGUAAUAUCGAGAACCAUGCUGAAGGCGACGAUACUAUUCAAUUUAUGGUCUCGACAGAUGGUAAACCACUGAAUGGAAAGAACCACGGCAUCGGCUCGAGGCUCAAGCAAGCUGGAGGGCAUUUUAAAGAACAAUCUCUUCAGCAAAUUUCACAAGACUUCACCACAAUCAGUCUGCAUCAAACAGGAGGCAAGAAGCCAGCUAGAGAUGCUUCUCCGCCAGCAGCCCAACCAGACACCACAACGGAAUCCCUAGGCACACCAUUCAACGGAAGAGGCUUCACUCUAACACCGAAACCUGAAGUUAGGUCGACUCCAUCUUCUCGUUUUACGACAGCCUGA